AUGGCCACAGAACUUUGUCCCGUCUAUGCGCCCUUCUUCGGUGCCCUUGGUUGCACCUCGGCCAUCGUUUUCACCUGCUUCGGUGCCGCCUAUGGAACCGCUAAGGCCGGUGUCGGUGUCUGUGGAAUGGCUGUCCUCAGACCCGAUCUGAUCGUCAAGAACAUUGUCCCCAUUGUCAUGGCGGGUAUCAUCGGUAUCUACGGUCUGGUCGUGUCCGUCCUGAUCGCGAACGACCUGGCACAGACAGUUCCUCUAUACACCGGAUUCAUUCAGCUGGGAGCAGGUCUCGCUGUCGGUCUUGCUGGUCUGGCAGCUGGUUUUGCUAUCGGUAUUGUCGGUGACGCAGGUGUCCGCGGAACAGCCCAACAACCCAGGCUCUAUGUCGGCAUGAUUCUUAUUCUCAUUUUCGCUGAAGUUUUGGGUCUUUACGGUCUCAUCGUUGCCCUUCUCAUGAACUCGCGUGCCAAGAUCGAUGCCAAGUGCUAAGUCAUAUUUGACAAUCAUUGUGCGAGGACCUCCAAUUAAUCCUCUUCGCACACAGAGUAUAUUGGUUUAGAUUGGUUAAUGUGACAUGGUGAACGCCUUGCUUUCCUGGUAGCGAACGUUUUUCAUAUUGUCACGAGAGCCAAGAUAAACAGCAGCUGAACGGGGCGAGGAACUUUGGCUUAUCUUUCAACUGUCAAGAGUUAUGGUGCUUACAUACAGGCCGAGGCUGUAUGGUAGGAUGAGUGGGUCGUCGUGGUAGAUACAAUGCAUGGCUGAAGCCUUGCGCUGUACCUGUACUUUAUUGGAGUCGCUGUGGUCCUGGACUGGAUCAUUUACAUUGCAAUGCUGACAUGCUGUUUAUGCGGUUAUUUGCUGUUUGUGUUCAAGCUACUACUUGCUUUCAAGAUUCGAUUCGGGAUGUUAUCUGUUAUUUGGAAUCAAAAGACCUCAUACUAUUAUA